AUGGAGUUUCUCAUCAAUUACACUUGUAUUGCUCAAAAGGUCCUGGUAGAAAAACUGCUACAUUCAUGUAAUAAUCUAAAGACGAUUUACCUCUUACUUCGUCCCAAAGAUGGCAAGGACGGACGACAUCGUCUGGACGAGCUCCUUUUGUCAAAAGCUUUCGACAGAGUUUUAUCAAAAAACCGAUCAAUUAUAACAAAAAUAGUGCCUAUAACUGGUGACGUCACUGAAGAGGGACUCGGCAUCAGCCUGUCGGACGAAGCUCUCUUGGUGAAAAACGUGUCCGUAGUCUUUCACUGCGCUGCUACAGUCAAGUUUGACGAGCCAUUCAGACAGUCUGUCGACAUUAAUGUGAUUGGAACGAGACGAGUUCUGCAACUUUGUCGCAAGAUGGAGCACUUGUCGGCCUUAAUCCACGUGUCUACAGCAUAUAGCAACUGUAAUCGCCAAGAUAUAGGCGAAGUUGUGUAUACAGAAACGGUUUCUCCCACAAGUAUCAUACAUGCCACGCAAUGGAUGUCGGACAGCUUACUUGACGCUAUCACUCCUCAUCUAAUUAAGGGAAGACCAUGUAACUAUCAUUACACUAAGGCUUUGGCUGAAAACUUGCUAUUAACAGAGGGAGUAGGCCUACCAAUAGCCAUAAUACGUCCUUCGAUCAUCACAGCAUCAUGGAAAGAACCCAUUCCAGGUUGGGUGGACAACCUGAAUGGAACUUCAGGAUUUAUUGUUGCGACUGGCAAAGGAAUCCUGCGGACGAUGGUGGUACAUCGUAGUGUAAGUGCUGACGUCAUUCCGGUGGAUAUAGUGGUCAACUUAAUGAUACCUGCAGCAUGGCAACUAGGAGUACAAAGGCCAGUAACAAACUGAUAACAAUCAUAACAAAAUAUAUACCCAGAUGUAUCAUAUAUUUACGGUUUUGUGUUAUUUGAUGACGAUUUAGCCUG